AUGGCAAAGCCGAGGGUGCUGGUCACGGUCGGUCCGUCCAACUCCUUCAAGUUGGAGGCCAUUGAUCCAGGCUUUGAGCCCAAGAUGCGUGAUAGCGUAGAGCUUGUGUGUCUAGAGGAUGCCAUAGCUGCGGCCGAGACCAAUCCGGUCCAGGUUUGGGCCUGUUUUGCACACAGCUCGGUCAACCCGGACGUCGUUCGCAAAAUUUCACCACGCAACACGUUGCGAGCUGUCGUCAACUAUGGUGUGGGCACGGAUCACAUCGACCUCAAAGGGUUGGCGGAGAUGGGUGUCCCUGUGAGCAAUACACCGGGUGUCCUUAACGAUGCGACAGCCGAAAUGGGCUGGGCCCUCUUGAUGGCUUGUGCCCGCCGUAUCCCUCAAUGCGACCAGUUUUGUCGCACGGGUCAGUUCAGCAAGUACAAUAACCUGGUCUAUAUGGGAAAGGCUAUCGCCGAGACUACACUCGGCAUCGUGGGUUUGGGCCGCAUCGGACAAGCCGUGGCCGAGCGCGCCGUGGGCUUUCGCAUGCAAGUUUUGUAUGCGGGGCGCUCGCGUCAACCUGUUGAGGUGGAGGCACGCUGUGGAAACGCACAGCAUGUCCCGCUUGAUGACCUGCUUGCGCGUUCAGACUACGUGGUGCUUUGCUGUCCGGCAACGGCAGAGACAAACAAGCUCAUGAACAAAGAGCGACUUCACAUGAUGAAAUCCACAGCCUCCUUGAUCAAUAUUGCCCGCGGCACUGUUGUGGAUACGGACGCACUGGUCGAGGUGCUUCGCACCAAAGUCAUUGACAGUGCAGGGCUUGAUGUUUUUGAGCCCGAGCCAUUGCCCACAGACCAUGAGCUCUACACUCUCGACAACGUUGCUUUGGCUCCGCAUCGCGGCAGUGCAACUUUCGAGACGCGCGCGGCCAUGCUCAAGCUGGUGUGUGAUAACAUUUUUGCUGCUGUCGCGGGCGAGGAGCUCCUGACGCGCUGCAAUUGAGUCCGAGUUUGGAAGGUAGUGGUGCCAGCCGAAGCAUUCGACAUGCACGCAUUGUCUGCACUUCAAUUACUCGAGUCAAACUACAAGGUUGACGCACAGCGUCAAAAUGACCUAUCAUAGCCGCCUUGAAGGCGUUUUGCUUGCCGGUGGUUCUCAUUAAGCUGAGGCACCCAAUCGAGCCUGCCAGAA